AUGGCCGUCGAUGCCGUCAAUCCAACUACAAGCUCUAGCCCGCGACCUCGGAAGCGAAAGGCGCACAAAAAGUCCAGAGCAGGCUGUCGAAAUUGCAAGUUAAGACGAAUCAAAUGCGACGAGGCUCUUCCGACGUGCGUCAGAUGUCUCGAGUUUGCCGUCUCAUGCAACUACAAUCCCAAGAUCCCAGAUUUACAGCCACUAGAGCCUCACAUACGCGUAAAAAGGACCGGGACUGAACUAAUCCGAUCGCCUGUUUUAAGCAAACAAGAUUGCAUCACGAUGAUUUCCGAUUCAUUACGUGAUGAUCAGCCCUCGCCUGGACCGUACCUCAACUUCGGCGUUGAUGAAUUGGCUCGAGUACACCGAUUCCAGACCAGAACGGUGUUAUACGUGGGAUCAAACGCCAGCACUCAUGACUAUGGGACAGAGGUAUUGCGACUCGCCUGCUCUCACCCCUUCUUGAUGCAUAUUGUCCUUGGAGUCACAGCAUCACAUGAUCGCCACUUACAAGAACAUGUGACGCGUGCCCCCUUUACAGUUGAGUCGUAUCAUCUCAGUCAUGGAAUUCAGCUAUUCCAUGACAAGCUGUCGAACCCAGUUGUUUCCCGAGAUAGAGAUGCUCUCUGGGUUGCGUCGAUUUUGCUCGGCAUCGCUUCAUUCAGUUCCAUUGCGACUAGGGUGGUUGAAGAGGCUUGGCCUUUGGUCUCAGAGGAUUUGGCUUGGCUACGACUGAGCGAGGGUAAGAGAGUUGUCUUUCAGCUCACCAAUCCCGCGCGAUUGGAUAGUACAUGGCGGUCGUCGGUCGAGACAUACGUAAGCGCUGUUUCGCUACCAGUGAGAGCUCGCCACGGGGACACCCCUUUCGAUCACCUUUGCGAGGAGCCUGGGCCCGACUGGCCAACGUCCAAUCCUUACCAGGAGAUGGUCCCCAAGCUUGCGCACCUCCUCAACCUUGAAUAUGGCGAAUCAACCUUUUUACCGUUCCUCUCCUUCGUCAUGCACAUGGAUCCUCAUUUUGGAGACGCCGUGGAGCAACGCGAUCCUUGGGCGAUGCUCAUGUUGGCCUACUGGUUUGCCAAGGUCUGUCGUUCAAGGUGGUGGAUUGCAAGGAGAGCUAUCUUGUCAGGGUUAGCCAUCUGUGUCUACAUCGAAAGGAACUUUCCCCACGAUGAGAGGCUUCAAGCCGCAUGCAUUCUGCCAAGAGCAGUACUGGAGCGUGCAAUGGAGGCAGAAGGUCUAAAGUAUAGUUGAUCCAGCAAGAGACUGGAAAU